CGUGAAGAGACUUGUGCGCUUCGUCACUCCGUGACUUCCCAAUCAUUGCGUUUGAGUCCGCUUUCUCCUUCGCAUCUACAUCAAUCGACAUUCAAAUUGCGCCGGAAUAUUUUCACGACCAGUGCAGGGUGGAGUAUGUAGCUUAGCACAUCCUCUCCGAAACGCCGACACGGCCGCAGGCUUCCGAGUCACUCUACAAGCAUAACGGUCUCGUUUCCAUACCGGAGCGCUUGCUGCAAACAAACAAAUAUUCUUUCCCAGCCUUCGACGGGUCGCCGGCUGUCUUUCGAGAAAAAGGAUGAUGGAUCCUGUGGCGGCGUUUUGUUGAAAUCUGGCACAUCCUUAAAGCAUUGCGAUUUUUUCAGUUCAAGUCACAAACCAUUGCUCUUCAGCUUCUCAAAAUCUGUUGUCCCCCUCAUGGCAGCGAUCACGUCGCGAGAAGGGUGCUGGAGGCAAGGAUUGUAUGAAUAGACCGCGAGCCUGUCGGGCAGCCAUCUACCAGCACACAACAGAGGCGUAUAAUCAAGGGCGGUCUUGCGAGGAAAUACAUAGGUAUGCAAUGGUUGAAGAGGCGCAAAGGACGCGUCGAAGGAGGCCGACGAGGCGAAAGGUGCAUGGACGUAAUUCCAGAGCGGCAGGUCUGCCGAGCCAAGGCACGUGGCCAAUCAGCGUCGGCCAAUUUGUGGAAGCUGCUUGUGACAGCAUAAUUUUCUGAAGCUCCUUUCUCUUCUGUCACCGACGGCUUCAACUCAUCCCCCCACGACGAUGCCUUGACUCAGAAGAUCUUGAAGCUGUCUCGUCUCCCAUCUCAGACUCUUCAUUGAGACCGAAGCUCACAUCGGCCUCUGUGACGCCCGUGGUGUCCUGGCUAGGUCAACCAUGAGACACUCAGCAGCGAGGUUGCUCCUUAGAGCAUCGCGGCCUCGUCUACCAGCUCAUCCGUCGCCAAUCCAACCUCGAAUAUCUAAUCUCCCAGUCCGUAGACAUGCUUCCACCUCUGAAGAACGGCCGAACUUUACGUCUCGACUGGUUGAUGUUCUCUACGGCGCCACUCUUGUUUUCGGCCUUGGCAUCGUCUACUUCUAUGUCACCGAUACUCGAGCAAGCAUUCAUCGUUACGUGGUCAUCCCCGCCCUGAGACUGGUGUAUAGGGAUCCUGAAGAGGCACACCACGUCAGCAAUGGAAUUCUCAAAUCACUUUGGGACUUUGGCCUCCACCCGCGGGAACGGGGUGACCCCGACCAGAAGCACGAUCUCGAAGUUGAGGUCUUUGGGCAGCGCCUCCGGAAUCCAAUCGCUACUUCUGCAGGUAUAGACAAGCAUGCCGACAUCCCAGAUGUGCUUUUUGACAUCGGCCCCGCAAUCAUCGAGAUCGGUGGAACGACCCCCCUGCCACAAGAGGGCAACGCAAAGCCUCGCGUGUUCCGUCUAACAUCACAACAAGCGAUGAUCAACAGAUACGGUCUUAAUUCUGAGGGUGCCGAUCAUGUGGCCAUGAGACUGCGAAACAGAGUGAGAAGGUUUGCACACUCCCUUGGCCUCGGUGACGAUGAGAUCGCAGAAAAGGCUGUCCUUGAUGGUAUCGCAGGCGUCCCUCCGGGAAGUUUGAUCCCGGGCAAGUUGCUUGCUGUCAACAUUGCCAAGAACAAGUUCACUCCGGAGGAUGAUGUCGAGGCCGUCACUAACGAUUACGUUUAUUGUGUCGACAAGCUUGGACCCUAUGCUGAUAUCCUAGUCGUCAACGUGUCCAGCCCUAACACCCCUGGUCUUCGCUCAUUACAACAGUCCGACAAGCUGCGGACGAUCUUAAGUGGCGUGGUAAAUGCAGCAAGGUCUGUAGAGAGGCGAACGCGGCCCUAUGUGAUGGUGAAAGUGAGCCCGGACGAGGAUUCAGAGUCGGAAAUUGCAGGAAUAUGCGAUGCAGUCUGGGCUGCUGGUGUAGAUGGAGUCAUCGUGGGGAACACCACGAACCGCCGACCCGAGCCACUUGCUCACUUGAAAAACUUGUCCCCAACCGAGGAACAAAAUAUGCUUGAAAAGGGAGGGUUUUCUGGACCUCAUCUCUUUGAGAGAACGGUUGAUUUGGUGAAAAAAUACAGGAAAUUGUUGGUAGAGAAGCCUGCGUCGAUCGAUACCUCAAACACUCCGACCACAAGGAAAGGGGCGCUGGAAGCUGAAGCAGAUCGGAUUAAAGCGGCUCUGGCACCCAACGCCGAAGAAUCCAGCCCUGCUGGCACACCUGUUCCAGGCUCAGAUAAAAUCACUGCGUCUGUUGACACUGGCGUAGUGCCAAUCAGCGGCAUGCUUGAACAGAAUGCUGCGGACAAACAACCUCUCAUCAGCCUUCCAGACGAACGCCAAUAUGACAAGCCACAGCCAGAAACAGAAAAUCCCGAGGUCGAAGAAGCACCCGCGCUCGAUCUAGAAUCACGUUCGGCGGAAGAGAAGAAACAACUGCGGUCAAUUCAAGCGGCCAUAGAGCGACUUCCUCCUCGGGCACAGCGUGACGCCCUCGAUCGUCUCGAGUCUGGUCCAGCCCAUUUGGAAUCCAUUGAUCAGCCCAAGGUUAUAUUUGCGACCGGAGGAAUCACCAACGGCAAACAAGCUCUCGAGGUUCUCAAUGCGGGCGCCAACGUGGCCAUGGUUUACACUGCCCUGGUAUACGGAGGCAUUGGUACGAUAUCACGAAUCAAGGAUGAAAUGCGAAAAGAAAUCAAACGGCAGGACCAAGAAAAGCGCUCAAAUGCUCAAAAUUAGACUGAUGGUGUUGGGCACUAUCUUGGCCGAGUGAGUUCGAAAGUGAUCAAAUUGACGGCCGUGCCGUUCUCUUGAAUCAGCUCCUCGGCGACCCGGCGAAAACCACAUUUGGCCAAUAUCUUGGCACUCGCAAUGUUAUUGCCGUCUAUAUCUGCUCUCAAGACCUCCGGUACCAUUACAACGCAGUCAUCAGUCCCGGUUUCCCCCUCUGCCUCCUCGACCGUUACAUCUUUCCGGGGCAACUCCCACCAUGCUUGGAGCCACCGCCGAAGCGCUUCUGUGGCAUACCCUUUACCCCAAGAGUCGGUGCGCAACAUGUAACCACACUCGGGUGGUUCUGCGAUAUGACAGCCUAACACACCGAUGGGCUUGCCGGGACUCGCGAGCUCCUCAAUGGCAAAAUUGAAAGUGGUGGCGUCGUUUGGCGGAAGGAACCUGUUCAUCCAGACUUGUGUGGCCUCCUUGUCAACGUCGACUUUCCCGGUAGAGGUCCACUUCAUGACUUCAAUCUCUGAGCGAAGGGCAUGGAAGUCUUCCAGAUCCGAUUGUUGGAUGGGUCGAAGGAGCAGGCGAGCAGUGGUCAUGGGGGAUGGUGGGACGGGAAAUUCUGGACGCGUAGUUUUCUUCAUCUUCUACAGUCUCGAGGGAGUUGAGAUCGGAACAAAAGGUGGCAGGAUACAACGAAUAAAAUGCACAGUAACUAUUAAAUCGUCAAAAUACCUAUCUGCUUCGUCUGCCUCCUCAGGGAGAG